AUGGAACCCCUCUUCCUUUCCCCUGCUUUACCAUCAGAACUGCUCCAAUUUAUCAUCGACAAAUGCAGCUACCCAACAACUCUCAUAAUCUGUGGUAACAAGGCCGAUUUUCUGGCCUCUCUGUCCCACGACCUUUUGCAACAUCAACAACAGCGCAUCACAGGCAAACCACAUGGGCCUACAGUUGCGAAACAGCCCACUACCUCGUCACAUACCGCCUUAGACACCGGCACUGAGCCCCUCUCACGCCGUGUUGCUGUGCCCCCAUCGGUGUCCCCAGAAACACCAAACGUGGCAGAAACAAGGCCAAAGCGAGAAGAAGAAGCAGAAGGAGACCAAACCUUAGCCGCCGCGGAACCACACCCCCUCCUGAUACCCCACCUCGCACAACUCUACACGACCCGCCACAUACGCACCGUGUUCAUCCCGACCGUAUCACACUUGCGAGCCUUCCUCUCCGUCUUUUCCUUAAGCGUCCCCCCUGCUACCUCCUCUGCUACCCAGAAGCGUACGAACAAGGUCGUACCACCCCCUCCCCUAGCAAAUUCCGGCCGUACUCCCACUGCAGCGCGGGCACCAGGGACCAGUUCCUCCCCUCAGAACGGUCCGCAUCUUCUCAUUUAUAACUUCAUCGCUUUGCACCGGCAUACCAGCGAGUGGUCUAUCCAAGGCCUUGGCGCAAGCAGCGCGGUACUGGUGGAAGCGGGUCGAAGGGAAGGGAUUGGCGUUGUGGUUAUUGAGGAACGGGGCGUGGAAACCGGGAAGGGGUUGGUAGGGAUGAAGGUGUUGUUGACAGAGCGGGUCCCUGUUUUGGGUGGCCUCGAGAGAAGAGCAGGCGGUGCCGUGGGGGAAAGGGAUGGCAAAGGGAGAACGGGGUGGGCGGAGAAGACUGUCGAUGUGCGGAGGGUGCUGGGGAGGUGGUUUCGCUUUCGGGAGGGGCCAUGGGACAGUAGCCAUGUGGGAGAUUCCUAG